AUGGUUUUGUCUGAGCUAGAGUAUCAUAUCUCGAAAGAUGAUGGUUUGGUGAAGACCACGACGAAGAUGAUGCAGGGGCAAAUCGAUGGUCCUUCUGCUCUCUCUUGGCCUCCUCCUCUUCACCACCAACCUAUUCUCGUCUCUUCAAACUCCAGCGUGGGAGUUGAUGGCACUGCUGGAAAUUCAGAAGCCAGCAAGGAACCUGCCUCCAGAAAGAGGGGGAGAUGUGAAUCAUCCUCUGCCACUAGCUCGAAAGCAUGUAGAGAGAAGCAGCGACGUGAUAGGCUGAAUGACAAGUUUAUGGAAUUGGGUGUAAUUUUGGAGCCUGGACAUCCUCCCAAAACAGACAAGGCUGCAAUCUUGGUCGAUGCUGUCCGUAUGGUGACACAGCUACGUGGCGAGGCACACAAGUUGAAGGACUCCAAUUCAAGUCUUCAGGACAAAAUCAAAGAGUUAAAGACCGAAAAGAACGAGCUGAGAGAUGAGAAGCAGAGGCUGAAGACAGAGAAAGAUAAGCUAGAGCAACAGCUGGAAGCCAUGAAUGCUCCUCCUCAACCAAGCUUUUUCCCUGCCCCACCUAUGAUGCCAACUGCUUUUGCGCAAGGCCAAGCUCCUGGAAACAAGAUGGUGUCAAUCAUCAGUUACCCUGGAGUUGCCAUGUGGCAGUUCAUGCCUCCCGCUUCAGUCGAUACUUCUCAGGAUCAUGUCCUUCGUCCUCCAGUUGCUUAAACUGGAACCUCAAGAUAAAAAUCUUCAACUGGUUUGCUUCUUACUUUUGAUGAAAAAAGAAAAGAAAAGUCCAUUUGUUUUGCUAUCCUUGUGUAACUGUUAUUGUGUUGAACAAUGAUAUUAACAUUGUAAACUCCAAUUGCUUAUGUAAUCUAUUUACAUGUAAAUUUAAGUAGAGUUUGGCAGAUCGUCUCUCACACUAUGGGUUCUUAC